CCGCGUGUUGGGGAUGCCGACUGAGUUGCCGGAGAGCCGCCCUGCUUGCAACUCCAUGUCAUUUGCGAACACUCAGGACCGGAGCUCUUCACGUCGCCUCAUCGCCACCUUGUUUCCUUCGUGGCCAGCCUCGCCAAGGGGCUCUCCUCCCGCUCGCGAGAAGCCCGAGCCCGUCUCGCCCUUCCGGCUCGGCGGCCACGCUCCGCUUGGCGCCGGUGCCUGUGGCUCGGUCUUGCCCGCGAAAAACCUCCGAACCGGCGAGAGGGUCGCCAUAAAGCUCUCCAACCGGCGCUCGAACCACCAGGACUUGGUACGAGAGGCCAAGGUGCUCGAGAGGCUGAGCCGCUGCCCUCACCCGAACGUGAUCGCGUUGCAUGCGCACGGCUCGGCGGAGGCGCUCCUCGAGGACAGCAGCCGGCUCAGGGUCGCCACGGAGGGCAGCUACGCCAUCGUGAUGGAGAGGGCGCGCGGCGACCUAUUCGACCACAUCAGUCGUUGCGGCGCGCUGAGUGAGGAGGCCGCGCGCGCAUUAUUCGCGGGUGUGGCGGCGGGGCUCGCGCACGUCCACUCGUGCGGCGUCGCCCACCUCGACAUCAAGCUCGAGAACAUCCUGCUGGCGUCCAAGGGCAAAGGCGGCAAGCGCGGGGCCUCCUAUGCCGGCUGCUCGGCCAAGCUCGUCGACUUUGGGCUCUCGUACUUGCACAAGGAGGGCGUGCUACCUGUCGAGAAGGUCGCCCCCCUCGCGGCGGCCCUCGCCGCCCCGCCCCCCUCGGCGCACGGCCGGAGCCGGCUGCGCGGACUCGUGGGGUCCGCAGGCUACGUGGCGCCCGAGGUUGUCGACUCUGAGUCGGCCGACGUGUGCUACGACGGCUUCGAGGCGGACAUCUGGUCCCUCGGCGUCGUCCUCUUCGAGGUGCUUACCGGCGCCCCCCCCUUCUCGGGCUACAAGUCGCACCGCCGCUCGUUCGCCAAGGAGAUUGGCGCACUGGCAAUGGUGCAGAUCGAGGGCCGCUCGGCGACCCGGUCCAUCUUUAGCCGGCUCGGCCGCUGCUGCACCCUGACGCCGGCCGCAGUGGACCUGCUGGACGGGAUGCUCUGCGUGAGUCCGGGCAAGCGCCUCACCGCGGCAGAGAUUCUGACCCACCCGUGGCUGGAGCGUCGCCCCCGCCGCCAAGUGCAGUCGCGCUGGGGCCGAGGCCGCCACGGCUCCGCGCCGGCGGCGGCCGAGGCUGCGGAGGCUGCGGAGGCGGCAGAGGCGGCAGAGGCGGCAGAGGAGGCGGCGGUGCGACGGGAGGCUCGCGCCGCGUCGGCGGCCAGCGUGGCCGCCCGCAUGUCUGCAGAGGGCCUCCCCGCGCCGUCUCCUCGUCGCUCGGAGGCCUUCGCGCUUCCGGAGGCAGAGGCCGUGCGGUACGCGGACGGCAUCGCCGACCGGAUGUCCAAGGUGCUGGUGGAGAGCAUGCGCGCGACCGCGCCGGACGAGGAGGCGCCGAAGCGGGGCCCAUCGACUGCGUCUGGCACUAGCUCAAGCAGCGGCGGCGGCCGCGGCCGCGGCAGCAGCGGCGGCUGCGCGGCGGACGACGAGAUGAGCGUGCCGCAGCCGCGCAGCGCCGCCACCGGAGCCGCCAUUAGCUCGGAGUCGGAGGACGAGCGCAGCCUCCGCCGCACCAGCCUGUGCCGCGCCAGCCUGCGCCGCUCGGAGCAGAGGGCCAGCGAGGCGAGCCUCGGCGGCAAGCGCCACGUCAGGUUCGACUCGCCCCGCUCGCCCAUCGAUUUGUGAGUUUUGCUGGCGGUGUCUCCGCUCGCAGGCUGCAAAUUCGCACCAUCGACGGGACAGGAGCGAGAUUUGUUUAUUUGUUUAUGUAGUGACGAGGAGACGAGAGUGCGCUCUCGGACGUGUUCAUUGAUCCCUUGUCUCUCUCUGACUUCAGACAUUUUGUUUGUUUAUGUACGGUCAAACACAUUCG